AAGAAAAAGACUGAAACAGUUAAAGCAGAGAAAAAAAGCAAAGAUGGAAAUGCAAAAGAAAUCAAUGUUGUUGGUUGUUUACUGCUCGCUUCUUAUUCAAGCAAAAAGCACGUGGGAAAAAAGCACAACAAACGGUGAUACUACGCCGAAGCCUACUGUCACUGUGUCAACACAAAAAAUGGUGACAAUUUACAUGUCAUGUUCUUAUUGUUAUGGGAAAGCUAAAAUUGAUCCGAAAUGCACCUCGGGAUGCAAUAAAUUCAUUACGUGGCCUGCAGAUAAAGCCUUAAUCAAAAGCGCAACACAAAGGCCAUCGACAGUGAAUCGAUUUCGUAGAGUAAACGAUAGUAACAACGCUUUUAUGGCUUUGAGUGAAGAGGAGGAGAAAAAAGUUGAUACCCUUCUUCCGAAAUUUGUUCUGCAUUCAGAAAGUAGCGUGGUUGCAUUACUUGCCGGAAUUUUAGCAUGCUUGGUUUUGUUGUUAGUGGUGAUUGCUGUUGGUUUAUGUUGCUAUGCAACUAAGAAAAAGCGUAGCGUAAAAAAGGAACCUCCAAAAUCAACUGUGCUAACUUUGCGACCGCUAGAGUUUCAAAACGUUUAGAACCUGUUGAUCAAACAGGGAAAAGUGUGUCGUUGACAUGGAAAUGUGGGUGAUUCCAUAAUGUCAACUGAACAAGCAUCGCUGGUCGAUGAACAAAAAAGACAAUGCUUAAGUUAUAUUAACUUUUAAAUUUUUUUCCCUGAAUAUCCCUUUCCCUCCCAUACAUUCCCUAAGCCAGCCUACAUCAUUUCAUUUCAUGUUGUCCCAGCUUAUUUCUUUUCCCAAUGCCUUUUUUU